CUACCAAUUGAGCUACAGAGGACCACCAUAACACUACCAGUCAAUUGAUUGGUGGUGUCAUGUCAAUAUUAUAGAAUGAUAAUCUUAAUCCAACAAUUAAUAAAUGCAAUUGAGCGAUGAUGAAUAAGUAGCACACAAAAAUUAGCCUACAGAAAGAAUAUUCGAAAUAAUAAGCUACAUGUAAAACAUGAGUAGGCUAAUACUACAUUACUCAUGCAUAGCCUAAUGGAGAGUAGGCUAUAUGAAAUAGCAAUAUUGGCAAUCACAUGUCGAAAAACUAAUAACAUCUGUCCAAAACACACACUCGACAACAAAUCUGUAUGCAUUGUUCACGAUCUACAUGGAAAAUCCAUCCCAUGUUUUAGCUGUUAAAGAAAUUGCCAACUCCCGUUCAAUAGUUCCAAUCCGGGGCCCUAUUCAAUAUCACAGGUUCAUGUUCAAUAACUCCAUUCCGCGCCCAUGUUCAAUAAGCGAUGUCCCUGUUCAAUUGCUCCGCUCCGUGUUUUGCGCGCGCUCCCCCUCCUUUUUACUGAACUCCAGCCCCUCGCUCUCUCUGUAUCAGCCUCUCACUCCGUCUCAAUAUGUCUCAAGAUGGCGGCCAAUGCGGGAUCGAUGUUUCAAUAUUGGAAGCGCUUUGAUUUACAGCAGCUGCAGAGAGAACUGGACGCCACCGCCACAGUCCUGGCCAACAGACAAGAUGAGAGCGAGCAGUCUAGGAAAAAGCUCAUCGACCAGAGCCGCGAGUUCAAGAAAAACACACCAGAGGAUCUGCGAAAGCAGGUAGCUCCGUUGCUCAAGGGCUUCCAAGCAGAGAUCGACGCGGUGAGUAAAAGAAGUAAAGAGUCAGAGGCUGCCUUCCUAAGCGUGUACAAGAGAUUCAUCGAUGUCCCAGACCCUGUGUCGGCCCUGGAGGCUGCCCAGCAGCUACAGCUGAAGGUCCAGAGGAUGCACGACAUCGAGACAGAGAACCAGAAGCUCCGCGAGACGCUGGAAGGCUACACCCAGGAGAUCGCUGAGGUCAAGAACCACGAGGUCACAAUUAAAGCACUUAAGGAGAAGAUAGAGGAGUAUGAAGAGACCCUGAAGAAGCAGGCCAAGGAGCUGGGCCAGGAGGAGAGGAGAGAGGGAGAGGAGGAGGGGCAGCUUCACAACAACCAUGCAGAGGAGGAGAGUCAACAACAGGAGAACCAGGAGUCUGUGGUGUCAAAGCUGGAGGAGGCAGACAGUAAGGCCCAGUCCCUACAGACAGCACUUGAAGCAACUCAGGCAGAGCUUUUGGACCUGAAGAGCAAGUAUGACGAAGAGUCAACAUCAAAGGCCAAUAAGAUUGAAGUGGUGAUGUCAGACCUGGAGAGAGCCAAUCAGAGAGCGGAUGUAGCGGAGAGGGAAGCAGAGGCUCUUCGGGAACAGCUGACAUCCGCCAACAAGUCCCUCCAGCUUGCCACACAGAUCCAGAAGGCCCCUGACAUGGAGCAGGCCCUGGAGGUUCUGUCUCGCUCCAGUCUGGAGGUGGAGCUGAGCGCCAAGGAGCGGGAGGUACUGCACCUGGCUGAGGACGUGCAGAGACUGCAGGCCAGCCUGGCCAACAUCCGUGAGAACUCAGCCUCACAAAUCAGUCAGCUGGAGCAGCAGCUCAGCACCAAGGAGAGCUCGCUCAAGCAACUGGAGGAGAAACUGCAGGAGCAGGCGGACUAUGAAGACGUCAAGAAAGAGCUCAGUUUCCGCAAGUCCAUAGAGUUUGGCCCUUCAAACUGCUCUUCAGCACAGGAAUCUAAGAAGCCUCUGGAGUUGUUGUUGAAGAGUCGAGGCCUGCAUUCUGAGAGCUCCUCCCUGCGCCUGAACAACAGUGAGCUGAGUAGUGUGAGGGAGCGAAAGGUCAAAGAGUCAUCAGAGGGACAACAGUGUCUUUCCACCACACCCAUGGGCACCAACUUGAAGGGCUCCCCUCCCCCUCCCUCCUCUCAGCUCCUCCUGCGCACUGGCUCAGGUGGUUCCUCCGACACCACCCCAGUCACUGCCGCCAAUGGCACACACCACUUCUCGCCCACGGGCGGUGGGCUGGGUGGGCAGGACUUCUUCAGCCCUUCCUCUCUGGCGUCGGCGGGCACCGUUUUCCCCUUGGGGGGCAAGAUGGCGCUCAACUCCCUGCUGCAGCGCCAGCUCAUGCAGACCUUUUACUCCAAAGCCCUGCAGGACUCAAUGUCCGCCUCCGGCCAGGCCCUGCUCUUCUCCCCCGCCAACUACCCCACCCAUAACUCCCUCUCAGCCAGCCCCCUGCCACCCCAUCAGUCUUUGCAGUCACAAUCCCAGCACCCGUCGGCGGGCAGCCCGGACAUCAACGGCCUAGCCCCCUCACCAAGCCAGUCAGAAGGGGCGGGGAGCGUCUCAGAAGGCGAAGACAUGGACACGUCUGAGAUAGCGCGUCAGGUCAAGGAGCAGCUGAUCAAGCACAACAUUGGGCAGAGGAUCUUCGGCCACUAUGUGCUGGGGUUGUCCCAGGGCUCUGUCAGUGAGAUACUGGCCAGGCCCAAGCCCUGGAGCAAGCUGACCAUCCGGGGCAAGGAGCCCUUCCACAAGAUGAGGCAGUUCCUGUCCGACGAGCAGAACAUCCUGGCACUGCGCAGCAUCCAGGGGAGACAGAGAGAGAACCCAGGCCAGAACCUGAACAGAGUGUUUCAGGAGGUUCCGAAGCGAAGAACCGGCUCCGAAUGCUCCUCGAGGCCAGGUAACAUCACCACACGGAUCCGCACCCCAGAGAGUGGCUCAGACGAGGCCAUCAAGUCCAUCCUGGAGCAGGCCAAGAGAGAGCUGCAGGUUCAGAAGGCUGAUGGUGUGGAGGACAGACAGCGACGACAGACAGGUUACCCCCGAGGCAUGGGCAACUAUUUUGCAAAAUAUGCACAAAGUCUCAGACUCGUAGACUCGUCCCAGCCCCCUCCCUCGUCCAGCAUUGGUGGUGGUGGUGGUGGUAUCGGCUCGGGUGGAUCCUCCAGCUCAGACGAGACCAUCCGCUCCAUCCUAGAGCAGGCCAGGAGAGAGAUGGAGGCCCAGCAGGCCGUCCUGGAGCCCAUCCUCAAAGCAUCCUCCAUGGGCCCCUCUGACUUGGCCCUUCUCUCCCCCAAACUCCUGGGCGCUCCCAUCCUCCCGGCCUCCUACUCGCCUCUGGCCCUCUCACUCAAGAAGCCCUCCAUCCCCCCAACCUCCUCUCCUUCGCCCUCCUCCCUCCUGGAUUUCCACUCUGCCAUGGUGAAGAAGGAGGCAGGAGAGGUGGUGGUUGGAGAAGGUGGGGGAGGAGGAGGGUCGCUAAUGGACGGAGGGACGAAGCAGGGGCGAGGCUCCUGGAGGGAUCAAUGGUGGAGCAGUAUGCAUCCCGGGGGGCAGGGAGUCACGGCUAGCCUGAAUGACGAUGCGCGUAGUCAGGAGGACAGCAAGGAGGUGCUGGGCCUGUCUCAGGGCAGUGUGAGCGACAUGCUAUCCAGGCCCAAGCCCUGGAGCAAGCUGACCCAGAAGGGCCGGGAGCCCUUCAUCCGCAUGCAGCUCUGGCUCAACGGAGAGCUGGGCCAGAACAUCCUGCCCUUACAGGGCCAGCCGCAAGAAAACACCCCAAAGACCUCAGCCAGCUGCAGCCCGGCCCCAGAGUCCCCCCUCAGCUCAGCCGAGGAGUCGGUGAAGAGCCUGGGGGAGCAGGGGGGAGGAGGAGGGGGAUGUGGAGGAGGAUCGUCCCAGGUCCUCCCCAGGGAGCCCAGCGAGCCCUCUGAGUCCCAGCCCGGCACGCCACUGCCCGUCCCCGGCCACUCAGGUCUCAGCAUCCAGGAGAUGGUGGCCAUGUCCCCGGAGCUGGACACCUACAUCAUCACCAAGAAGGUCAAGGAGGUGCUAACCGACAACAACCUCGGUCAGCGUCUGUUUGGGGAAACCAUCCUGGGUCUGACCCAGGGCUCGGUGUCUGACCUGCUGGCGAGGCCCAAGCCCUGGCACAAACUCAGCCUGAAGGGACGCGAGCCCUUCGUCCGCAUGCAGCUCUGGCUCCAGGACCCACUCAACGUGGAGAAACUCAUGGACAUGAAACGCAUGGAGAAGAAAGCGUACAUGAAGCGGCGUCACAGCUCUGUGAGCGAGAGCCAGGCGGCGGACAGUGGGGGCCUGUCAGGGGGAGACUUCAGCCAGGGGGGCAGCCCCCAGCACGGCCUCGGCCACCACCUGCACCAGCAGCAGCCUCCCCAGCAGCAUCUGAAGAAGGCCCGUGUGGUGCUGGCCCCCGAGGAGAAGGAGGCCCUGAAGAGGGCCUACCAGCAGAAGCCCUACCCCUCGCCCAAGACCAUCGAGGAGCUGGCCUCACAGCUCAACCUCAAGACCAGCACCGUCAUCAACUGGUUCCACAACUAUAGGUCUCGUAUCCGACGGGAGCUUUUCAUCGAGGAGAUCCAGCGAGGCGAGGGAGGUGAGGGCGGCUCCCCGUCCACCAGGGCGGGCAAGGCCAGCGAGGGCGACAGCUGUGACGGUACCGAGUCAGAUGGCACGGUGGAGGGCACACGCCCCGGCCACGAGCACCACCCAGCCUCGGAAGGCGAGGGGGGGUCCGACCACAGAGACGAGGGCACCACCUCAGCCACCGGCAGCAACGCUGCAGGUACCAGCGGCCACCACAAGGGUGGCGCCCUGGACAGCCUGUUCAGCUUCCCCGAGAGCACCCAUGUUUCCUCUGCGUCUGUGGCCGCCACCACCGCUGCCCGCAACCCCCGCGACAGCAGCCUGCGCAAGAAGAAAGCCGCCAACCUCAAUAAUAUCAUCCACCGCCUGGAGAAGGCCGCCGGCAAAGACGAGCCCCAUGAGUGGGAGUUCUAAUACGGUCCCCCCUGCUCAUGCUGCUGGGGAGAGAGAGAGGUUCUAAUACGGUCCCCCCUGCACAUGCUGCUGGGGAGAGAGAUAGUUACUAUUUUUCUAGUGCCCUGACUGCACAGUCCCAAGGCCAAGACUGGAGCAGUGCUGCCAGAGAAGAACUGGCGUCUUUUACGAGUUUUCAUAUCAGAGGGUUUAGAGAUUUCUUUGAGAAGCGAAACAACCGCAACAACCUUGUUUUGUUUGGAGAUAAAGCACUUAACAGCCCUGCUGGCCACAGGGCCCUAACACCACAGGCCAAAGGUGCGAAAGAGACGAAAGACUUGCGCUACUCACAAAGUAGCGUCACUCCACAGGAGGAAACUGUUACGAGAAGCAAUUCCGUGUUUUCUUUGUGUGUGUGUGUGUGUGUGUGUGUGUGUGUGUGUGUGUGUGUGUGCGUGUGUGUGUGUGCGUGUGUGUGUGUGUGUUUCCCUUUGAGAGAUUUAUUCACCACCUCAAAGUUUUUCUAACCUUGUUCGCUCUGUGAGUUUUCACGUCUAGUAGACUAACUGUUAGAAUGUUUUCCCUUUUUCUGUUUUCUAAGAGGUUAUUUCUCCUCAUAACUCCAUUGCAGUUGUUUGGCUAUCUGAUAGGAUCGUCAAACAAAAAAAGAGAAUGAAAAGCCAAGCAUUUAGAAAAUGAGUCUGCAGGAGAGGAGAACCAUGGAGAACCCUUUCCCAAGCAAUGUUCCUUUCUGUGCCCCAAAAGUUGCCAUGUAAUGGCAUUGGAACUCUUAAUAUGCUAUGGACUCUAUUGAGAAAAUAAUGACAAUUUUUAUCAAAUUAUUUUUCUUUAUAGCAAUUUGGUUGCCACUAAGAGAUUGCACAGUCGGUCGACUUUAAACAAUGCUAUUUUCAAUUCCUAAAUAUUUGGGAAGGGUAAAAUGUUAAGUGAAAUACAAAUUAUCAGUUGUUGAAAGGAACGAUGAAAAAAGAUGAUCACUUUAAUU